UUAACUAGUUAAUUUCCCUGAGCGCCCUGUUACAGCUGAGUUCACAGGGUCAUCUCACAGUAGGGCAACUCAUUAACCUUUGACCUUCCUUGUACCCUGACACAGGGACAGAGAUAACCAUGGAAUCUCUCUGACAUAUGGGUCUUCCUCAGUUUAGCGUAGACUAAACCGUUGAAUGUUACAUACUGACCUACACUCGUGAAUUACAUCAAUCAGUCAUUUUUGUUCAGAGUGAAAGGUGCUGUUUGAGACCAUAAUCUGUCAAUAUCCUUUCACAAAGAUAACAUGGAUGCCCUUUUCAAAUUUAUCACACAAUGACUGGCUAGUGAAAUGGUGUUGUUAUGGGCAACAGCGGAGAUGAUUUAAGAUUAUGGUCAUGCCGAAGACAAGCAGUGUGCAUUUCUGUUCAGGCUUCUGCAUGGACAGCUAGAACAGGACCCCUGCUUGCAUUCCAGCUGCUUUUACUGUGAUAGCAGAUUGCCUAAGUGCAAGUGAAGCAGAGCCCUCUGUCAACAGCCAAAAACCAUGGCCAGUAAAAUCCAGGGUUUGAGUGAGGAGGAGAGGGAGCAUCUACUCCCCCUGCUCCGGAAUGCCCAGUGGGUGGUGGCGGUGGGAAGGGACGCCAUCUACAAAGAGUUCAUCUUCAAAGACUUCAACCAGGCCUUUGGCUUCAUGUCCAGGGUGGCUCUACAAGCAGAGAAGAUGGACCAUCACCCUGAGUGGUUUAAUGUGUACAACAAGGUCCAGAUCACACUCAGCACACACGACUGCGGGGGCCUCUCCCAGGGAGACAUCACUCUGGCUACCUUCAUCGACCUAUCAUCUGUCCUCUGAGCAACUCAUGGCCUGCAGCCAUUUCAGUCUAUCAGUUCCAGUCAUUUCAGUAUGUCAUCUCAAUGGCAGAACCCAGAGCAGAGGACACCUAUUCAUCCCGCCCCAUACGUUAAUUCAGAUGACUAACCUGGGACAGGAACAGGAAAUGACAUCUCAGAAUCCCAAUGAAUGUUUGUUUAAAAGGUCAAAUUCAAUUAAUAAUGUAACAUUUAGCAGGUGUGGUGUUUGUUACUAGACUGAUAUGGGAAGUGGAGCACAAGACCAUAAGCCAGUAAAAACACCAUUCAACUAUAUACAGUGGGGUCUGAAAUUGACACUCUUGAUAAAGAUGAGCAAUAAUGACAAAAAAAUAAAUAAUUCAAAUACUGAGCUAUAUUGUAUGCUCCAAAAAUUGGGAAAUUAUAUUAUUUUAUACUCAUACAAUUGCUCAGAAAAAUUGAUUUUGUGUAAGAAAUAAGACACUUCUACAUUAAUGUGGAUGCUACCAUGAUUAUCGAUAAUCCUGAAUGAAUUGUAAAUGAGUGAGAAAGUUGCAGAGGUUCAAAGAUCAUAUCCCCAAGACAUGCUAACCUCCCGUUAUUGGUAAAGGUGAGAGGUUAGCAUGUCUUGGAGGGUAUGAUCUUUGACCCUCUAACUUUCUCACUCAUUAUUCAAGAUUCAUUCAGCAUUACCUGUAAUCAUGGUAGCAUCCACAUUAAUGCAGAAGUGUUUAGAAACAUUCUAUUCUUAUUUACAAUGUAACUCAAAUGACACAAUACAUUAUUUACCAUUAAAAUAAUCUGAAACACAACCAAAACAAACUGCAAAUGCAUCCAACAAGUUUGCAGAGUCACAAGCUUCAUGUAGUCAUGUGUGCUAGGAAUAUGAAACCAAAUACUAAACUUGACUACUUUAAUUUAUAAGAAUCUGUAGGGGUGUCAAUAAUAAUAAUAAUAAUAAUAAUAAUAAUAAUAAGAGUAUUACUUGUUAAACAAAAUCUCUCUGAGCAAUUGUAGUCAUCUAAAUUAAUAUAAUUUCCCACAUUUGUUUGAGCAUACAAUAUUGCUCAGUAUUUCAAUUAUUUAUUUUAUUCAGUCAUUAUUGCUCAUCUUUAUCAAGUGUCAAUUUCGGAACCCACAGUAAAUGAAACAUUCCUCUAUCCCCAGCUGAGCGGAUCAAGUGCUCUAAAAUAAAAAGCAUCAAAAAAGGUACGUAAUAUGACUCUAGCUCUGACUACGAACUGGGAAAAAUUCCUUCACUUGUUUAUUCGUCAUUUUCUAAAAUUAUAGUGGCAACAUAAACACUGCGUUUUGUUGUCAGUCUGUCUAGUCUACAUGUGCCUGCCAUUUGUCUCAAACUGUUUUCCUCUGUCUAAUGUUUUGUAAGUGGCAAAUAAAGUUGUUUGAAUAACCA